AUGGUGGCACGUCUGUUGCGGAACAUCAUCACCGUGGAGAUUUUCGGCUUGGUGAUGUACUUCAUUCUUGCCUAUAAAUACGCGACUAGACCGGAGAAUAUAGGUAUGGUGUUAUCGAUCAUCAUCCACACUUUUCUCGUGCUUAUGUUUGUGUUUCCAUCAUUGAUGAGUUAUUUCAUGCUCGCUGUUCAUCGAAUGCUCAGCACCAAGUUGCGCACUUUGUUGUUGCUCAUUAUGAUAUCAAAAUCGUUUGAGGGCCCAGCAAUGAAUGCCGUGAUGAAUAUCCAUCAUGUUGCUGAAGGUUUGGCGUGUGUUCAGACGGAUGUCAGCGUGUCGUUAGGCGAUGUCAAGGAUAGAGCGAGAAACCUUAAAGGGGUAUGUGAAGCAACAGGCUCGCUUGUGGAGGACAAUGUUUGUAAUUUUCCGUCAGUUGCAAAAAAAGAAGCCGUUGUCGAUAACAUCGACGAAGAAUACGAUCGGCUCAUUCGAAGUCUUCACGUUAGCGCUAUGAAAGCCGAGAGUUCGAAAGUCACCAAGAGAGGUUUGUCUCCAGAAACACUCGAGUUGAUACGCCAGCGUGGAAUCGCAGGAGCUGCAGCAACCGCGAACUAA